CCUCGGUGGUACUAGAAAAUCUGGUUGCAAGGCUUUCUUUGAUUAAGGGGUCCCUAAAAUUCGGUUCCCGAGCGCAACGUUUGUGAGCAAAUUGUAUAAGUACUGUUAGUCGGAGGACAAGCUGUCCCGAGACAUUUGCGCAUGCCCUUCUGACCACCGAAUUAUACAAUUCCCACUUGCUCUCACUCUCACAGUGCGGUAUCUUGCUGGACUCCGGGAAUCUUUCAGAUCCUUCUACCGCUCGAUCUGCCCAUUCAGUCCCUCGUUCUCUGCCUUCUCUCCACAGUACCUCAGCCUUGGCUCGCCUUUCCUCUUAUACACGCGCUGCCCGACCCAACAUGUCUGACCUCGACCCCUACAUUGCUGCAGAAGUCGAUUCACCAGGUGAUCCGUGUCGUUCUGAGGUGGGGCUUGCUCAGUCGACAUCGCCCACUGUCAGCGGCUCAGAGAGCCUCGAUGGUCGCGGAAAUUCAUCUAGUACGUCAGGGAAAGCCAGAAAGGCACGGCGGGAAAAGCCACAUAUCGAACUAGCCCCAGGACAGCCGCCCACGACCCAGGGAAAGCCUCGACAGCGCGUUUUCGUCGCCUGCUUACAAUGCCGAAGCCGCAAAAUCCGCUGUGAUGGAGCGAAACCGAUUUGCUACAACUGUAAUCGUCGCCCUGAUUCAUUCUUAUGCUCGUACGAUGCCACUCCCAAACGGCGAGGUCCAGACAGGUUGCAGGGCGCUCGGCAGAGGUCCGCGAAAGGUUCUUCCGUUGAGCCCGCAGAUUCCACAAGUCGAGGCCGUCGCCGACGGGUCAGAUCGGAUUCGGGACCCAGCAAGAGUGUGGCGGAAGGGGAUGCGGAGGCUCCUACCUGUGAUUUCAGCCGUUUCCCAGCUGAAUAUCCUCUUUCGGGUGAAUAUGUCUCAGUUACAGAGGUUCCAACACAAGGAUGGGUGUCCCAAAACUUCACUGCUCCUUUCGUAGAAGAACCCCCAUAUAGCGCUUACCCCUUAACGAGUGAUGUACGCUCACCGUCUUCUGAGGACUUAUCUGGGACCUCUGACCGGUACAAACUGUCUGGCGAGGGUUCGGCACAGUAUGGAGGUCAGGAUAUCCGUGUCGUCGAUUUUCAAAAUGCCAUCGCAGACUUGAUCCCUGUACUUGACGGAAACCCCAGAGAGAAAAGGGGUGGCCGUCUGCCGAACGAGGAAGUGCUCGCUGUCAGCAUUGCUGCUGAACCGUCCUUAUGUUUUGCUCGCAAAACUUGGUGGGAUUCCUUGCUGACAUUCUACUCCGAUGUCGAUCUUACUUCCGACAAUCGAUCGCUCACGCUUACUGUGCACCAACGGGAAUUAGGCAUGCGUCGCAUCACCUCCGACCUUCGAGCUCUUUUCCGGAUCUCGAACUACUGGUUCGCAUUCUUUAACGUACCACGUUUCCUCAACGACUUCUUUGACACAAGGCGGAGAGAGAACAUGCAGCCCAGUCUGGUUUUGGCCGCCUUGGCAGUCGUCACCUUCCUGCAUAGUUCGGAAGUUGAAGAAGGCGAAGCGGGUAGAUUGAAAGCCAUGAAGCUCAGAGACGAAGCCCAAGCAGCCCUGGAAGCCAGUUUGAAUGCAAGGUGGAUAGACAGUUCGUUAGCGCAAGCGGCUUGGUUACUAGCAUUCUUUGAAGUCUGCAGCCAUCGACAUCAUUCUAGCGCGCGGGUUGCCUCGGCACUGUUUCUGUUAGACGGCAUCAUACGCAGUCUGUACCUGACACUCCUUGACGCGGACGAUCCGCAAGCAUCGCUGCUGCACGCUAGUUACGACAGAAGUCGCCCGAGGUUGCUAGGCCAGCCGACUUGGGGAAGUAGCCCCAGUUCCGGCUCCGAGGUAGUCUCCUCCCUUGGUCCUGCUCAGAACGCUACAUCGUACGAUAUGAUGCCAUACACUUCCCUGGGAGAGGCUGUGUCUCCCGGGUGCACCUGCGCUUCCAUGUCUCUAGGAAACACUUGGUCAGCAGCAAAAGAAUACACCCCCCUCUGGUUAUCUACCCCUGCUUGGGACGAUACAUGGUCAGAAGCUGAAAUCAAGAAGGAGGAAUGCCGCAGGCUCUGCUGGAGCACGCUAUUCCUAGCCUGUGGUCACAGUAACUACGCGUGGGCCCACAGAGAACGAGGACUGAACCUAUUUGUCGUUGAUCCCGCGAACUAUGCGUUACUCACCCCAGGAGAGUCGUUGACUCGAUCACCUUGCUUCGCGCCUCUACGCCCGGGCGUAGAGUCCAUAUGGGCGCUAUAUUCCCGGAUCAUGCUAUUAUGGAGCAGCUGCCUCCGGAUGCGCUGCGAUGAAACCGCGGAUAAUACACAGAAGGCACAUUUCGCCGUGAAAGCCUGGUUAUUUGCAGAUUCCAUCGAAGAGAUGUUGGACAAGCAUACCUGUAAUAUAGAACGAUCAUUCAUGUUUCUAAGCCGAGAAUAUCUGUUCAACAUACGCAUGUGCAUUUCCCAUGAGUAUCAGCAGUUCAUUCCACAGGCAGCUGCAGAUUUCAAUGGCAUCUUCCACAGACGGAAGGCUGACGAGUGGUUGCGAUAUCAGACAACCGUCGCCCAGCGAGUGAUGCAGGGACUGAAUAAGGUGACCGGUCAAGCUGCCAAUGUACUGGCGAAGCGACCUCUAUUUGUCUUCCAUUUUAUGGCCCAGGUAUCCAGGACACUAUCCCUGUGGGCUCGGGACAACACGUACGUGGAAGCUUUGGAGGUCUCGAAGGCACUUUUGCCACCGAUUGAUUACCUAUCGGCUCUAUGGCCAUGCCCAGAGCAACGAUCUCGGUAUGAGCGUCUGAGGGCCGAACUCAAUGAAGCCUGCUACAUUGCGGGGAUAACGCCGCCGCCGCCGCCGAACUUCAGGCUGCCUUCGUUAGAAGAUCCUAACUCUAUCAUAUAG